CAGUCACUGCAAAACCAGUCGUCCACAGCUCAGAGCUCCUGUGUCAGGCGAUUUGUCUGAAUUCCCAGCGAGUGAGGGAGCCUGAUUCUGGCUGAAACUCGGGUCACCUGAAAUCAGCUCUCUCUCCGGGCAGACGAAAGCCAACACCGCCCGUCCAGGAAGAAAAACUGUCAUUUCGUCGUCGUUGAAGCCGCUCUCGGAAAACUUGCUGCUUCGGUUUGAUAUGAGAUUUUUUCCUCUCGCUGUUAAAUUAAAUCUCAUCUGGACUGGCUCUGACAGCCGGCCCGUAGCUUCUUUACGGUCUUACGAGUCGUUUAUUUAAAUGUUGAGCAGCUAGUUUCUCAACCGGGAACCCUCAGCGACUUUUCAGUUGCUGAACACUAAAACAGAAAAAACGGCUUCAGCACUGAGGUAGCAGGAGGAGGAAAACCCCCAAAGACACAGGACAUGGAGUCGACAAAAGCUGGAGGCGUAAUAGCCUACAUUAGCUCAUCCAGCUCCGCAUCCAGCCCAGAGUCUUGCCACAGCGACUCAUCUAAUGGCAGCUACCAGUCGUCCUCACCGCCCCGCGGCUCCUCACCCAGCCAGUCAGCUGACCCCACGCUCACCGGCAGCCGGAACCUUCCAGGGACUCAGAAGAGCGGGCGCUCCUCAUCCUCGGCAAAGUGUGGCAUCACAAAAAUCAACGGCCUGGUACUGCUGUGUAAGGUGUGUGGUGAUGUGGCCUCCGGUUUCCACUAUGGAGUCCAUGCCUGCGAGGGCUGCAAGGGUUUCUUCAGGAGGAGCAUCCAGCAGAACAUCCAGUAUAAGAAGUGCCUUAAGAACGAGAGCUGUCCCAUCAUGAGGAUCAACAGGAACCGCUGCCAGCAGUGCCGCUUCAAGAAAUGCCUGAUGGUGGGGAUGUCCAGAGACUCUGUGCGUUUUGGCCGAAUCCCCAAGCGGGAGAAGCAGCGCAUGCUGCUGGAGAUGCAAAGUGCCAUGAACAACAUGAUGAACAACAGCCAGCUUCAAAGCCAGCUCCACAGCAGCCAGACGCUGCCCAUCGCCAAACCGCUGCCGGCCAGCGCCACCGAACCUACCUCUGAGGACGCUGGCCCCGCCCCCUCCUGCUCUCCUUCCUCCUCACCAUGCUCCAACCAGUCAGACUCCAGUUCUGAUCCUGAGCCUGCUGUCUCCAUGGACACCAGCCCCAGCUCAGCCUCGCCCAGUGCGUCAGACAGUGGCGAGGAGGAGGUGAUCGGUUCGGUGACCAGGGCCCACCAGGAGACCUUCAUGUAUAACCAAGAGCAGAGCAGCCUGGCGGCUGAGCCCUCGGCGUCCACCGGCCCCCUAAAUAGUGGUUCUGCCAAAAACACCACAAGCAGCCACCAGCAAGAGGAGCGCCAGGACGCCUGGAACCACCACAACAACCUGGUCACCAUGACAGACCACCAACCCUCCUCCAGCCUGGGUCCUCAGGUGCAGGAGAACACCCUGAACCACUGCCCCUUCAGACUGUCCAGGAGCGCUGCUACUAGCCACUGUCCAGCCUACACUCAUGGAGCUUUCAGAGCUCCGCCUACAGAAGGCCCAGCCAACGGAUCCUACAGUGCCUCCCUCUGGAGGGGAGGCAACAGAAUGCAUCUGGUUUGUCCAAUGAACACAUCCCCUCAUGUGGAUCCUCAGAAGUCUGGACAUGAGGUGUGGGAGGAGUUCUCCCACAGCUUCACCCCUGCUGUCAGGGAGGUGGUGGAAUUUGCUAAGAAGAUCCCAGGUUUCAGAGACCUGUCUCAGCAUGAUCAGGUCAGCCUGCUGAAGGCUGGCACCUUUGAGGUGUUGGUGGUUCGCUUUGCUUCACUGUUCGAUGUGAAGGACCGUACUGUCACUUUUCUGGGAGGUAAGAAGUACAGCGUGGACACUCUGAGGGCUAUGGGGGCCGGGGACCUCCUGAACUCCAUGUUUGACUUCAGCGAGAAGCUCAGCAACCUGGGACUCAGCGAGGAGGAGAUGAGCCUUUUCACUGCUGUGGUGCUGGUCUCUGCAGAUCGUUCCGGCAUCGAGAAUGUGAACUCCGUGGAGGCCCUGCAGGAGACGCUGAUCCGUGCAUUGCGAAGCCUCAUUACCAAGAACCACCCGAACGAGUCGGCAAUCUUCACCAAGCUGCUGCUCAAACUGCCCGACCUGCGCUCGCUCAACAACAUGCACUCCGAGCAGCUGCUGGCCUUCAAGGUCCAUUCCUGAAGUUUCCUCCAGUACUUGACCUCCACACCCUGACAUAAACUAAAAAAGGUUCCCUGGAGGCCACCCAGACCACCAGCUCCGCCUCACCUUCCACUCAACCACACCUGCACCUCCAUGAUUCUCCCAUGAGGCUUUGGGUUCUGCUCCUCCUGUCUAGGAACUGAACUUGACAUAUAAAUGGGGAAAAAAGACCAUAAAAUGUUCUUGUACUGUACUGUAGGGUGUGACAGCCUGUGUGAUGGUAUUGCAUACAUACAGACACACUGAUUGAUGUAUAUGUUUCUUGUGUUUGUGUGUAGCAGCUGUACAAAUGUUAGAUGCACUUUUCUGUAUAGUGUAGACAGGUAUUUUUGCAUUCAUAGUGCAAUAUGUGACUGCUUUGUGAUUUGAGCUGUAUAGCGAGGAGUCCAAACUUGUUUCAGCAGCACACAUUAAUUUGAUUAUUUGUUGCUGCGCUCAUGUGGUAGAGGUUAAACCUAAAAAAAAAAAAAAACACGGACACUGAAUGAUGAGGUGAAGUCCUCUUUAAAAGCAAAAUGAAGCAGAUGGACAGUGACAAAUAGACAAAGAGUCAUGUUUGACUUUGGCCACCAGAGAAAUUAGAAUGUUUUAAUUUGAAUGAAUUUGGGAGGAAGUCUUACUUCAUGCUAUUCAUGCAGUUGUGUACAUGCUAUGCUGUUUUUGUCAGUUGCGGGUCAUUUUUUUCUAAAUUAUUUGGGCAUUGUGACAAAUCAAAUGUAUUUGUGUCAGAUUUCAACAAACAGAUGAGCAGAAAUGGAGACUGAACCAGUAAAAUCCUGGACUUGCUUUUUAACAUGUUGGACAUGGCAGUUUCCCAUCUCUUCAGAUAUUCCUGGGAUCCCAGCGUCCGCUGUCGUAUUUGUCCCAGGACUCCGGGUGGCACAGAAAACGUCUCGGAGUCACCAGCAACUCCAACCUGCUUGAAACGAAUUUCAUUUCUAUUUUACAAAACUGUACAGACUUUAGCUGAGUGUAGUUAAAUACAAUAGAUAGGACUAUUCCACAUAACAUAUGAUUGUAAUAUCACUGAAGUGAUUGUAAAUUAAAGAAAUAAGCUGAGUCGAGGUGACAGCUGAGUUGCUGGUGUUCAGAUAUUUUUCGCGAUGCCAUCGUUUUGUUCUGUUGAUGAAUCCAGAAUGUCUGGCCUUUAAUAUCCAGAGCUUCUGUCAUGUUAACAUUGCUGACAUGUGGUUCUGUUCUCCUCUGUGAAAGGAUUGCAGUAUGCAUAGAUUUCUAUAUAAAUAUAUACAUACUAUCAUACAUAACAGUAUAGAUGAAUAUAUCUAUAUAAAUAAAUUUUAUAAAUGCAGUAAA